AUGGCGGCUUAUGCAGCUCUGGUUUCCCUUAUGCAUAUCAUAGAUCGCCUUGAAAAUCAUCCUUCCCCUCCAAUUUCUAUCGAUAAAGAACAAGUUGAAUCUCUCACUCAAAUUGUUACCUUCUUGCAGGAUUUUCUUGAUGCUUAUAUUUCCCCAGUUGUGGAUGACCAUGAAGCGGAUCCAUUGGAGCGUCGCAUUGCUGAUGCAGUUUACGCAGCUGAGGAUGUCAUCGAAUCCCAAAUUGUGCUUCAAAUUCAUAACCGAUCCACAAUUAUUGGAAGAUGUCCAGUUGACAACCGAUCCACAAUUCGUAGGAAGAUGUCCAGUUUUAUCAACUUGUUUCGAGCUCGGUGUAAAUGCUCAACUAUUGAGGAGGACUUCUACCACGAUCUACAACAAGUGAUAGAAGAAAUGAAUUUGAUCAAGAACGAAGCCAUGGAGACUGCAAUCGCAGUUGAUCAACUGCAGAGAAAGGUCUCGUCGAGUACUCAUGCUGGUUCCACUUCCACUGUGAAGGAAAGCAUGAUGUUGGGCUUCGACGAGGUGUUUCUUCAAGUGCUGGAUAGGCUCACCGGAGGUCAACGCAGUCGCCAAAUCAUCCCAAUCAUGGGGAUGGGCGGCAUUGGUAAGACCACUCUUGCCCGACAUGUAUUUGAGCAUGCGCUUGUUAAACAACAUUUUGAUAUUUGUGCUUGGACUACGAUUUCUCAAACUUAUAAUGUGAGAGAAACACUUAGAGAAGUUCUUUUCCAAGCAAGUGGGGAUUCGAGUAGUGAUCUGAGUGAGGGCGAAUUGGGAUUAAAACUAUACCAGUAUUUAUGGGGUAGGAGGUAUCUCAUAAUUGUGGAUGAUAUGUGGAGUAUAGAGGUGUGGGACAAAAUCAGGUCUUUCUUUCCUGAUGGCAAUGAUGGGAGUCGAAUAAUUGUAACAACUAGGCUGUCAAACUUGACUUCGCAGUUGGGUGAGUCUUAUGGCGUUGGUAUGAGAUUUUUAGAUGAGGCUAGUAGUUGGGAUUUGUUCUGCAAGACUGUGUUUGGGGGAGAAAGCUUUCCUCAUGAGUUGGAGGAUAUUGGAAAGAAAAUUGUAGCAAAUUGUAAAGGGCUUCCUUUAUCAAUUGCUACAAUUGGAGGUCUUUUGGCAAAAUCUGAGCGCACUACAGAAUAUUGGGAAGAUCGUUCAAUUCGUGCCUCAACGCUGAUGACGCUUUGGGUUUCAGAAGGAUUCUUAAAACCCGUGAGUGGAAAAUGUUGGGAAACAAUAGCAGAAGAGUACUUGAGGGAGUUGGUAGAUAGAAAUCUGAUUUUAGUUGAUGAGUUGGGGUUUAGUGGAAAUGUAAAGUUUUGUAAGAUCCAUGAUUUGUUGAGAGACGUGUGCUUGAAAGAAGUUGAAAAGGAGAGGUUUUAUCAUAUCAUAGGAAAAAAGUCUCCUUCAGUCAAAGAUAACGAACGUCGUCGGGUUGUUUUUCAAAGUGCUGGAAGAAGGGUAAUAAGUAAAGUCUCGGGAUCUUUGUCACAUGCUCGUUCGAUAAUAUGUGAUGGCGAGGGGAGAAACUUUAAAAGGCCUCACAAUUUUAGAUUGUUGAGAACAUUCAAAGCAUGUGAUAGAGAUACAACUCGAUUGUAUUCAAAAGAUGUUGGUGAGGGACAUGGUUUAAAUUUCCUAGACAAAGUUUUUCAAUUGGUGAACUCACGGUACCUUGCUGUUAGACUUCAUUGGGAGUCCGAAUUCCCAUCUUCAAUCAAUUUGCUUUGGAAUCUAUCUACGUUAAUAGUUCAGUCUGCAGUAUUCCAUAUGUUCGUUGCACCGAUUGAGAUUUGGAAAUUGCAUCAACUUAGGCAUCUCGAGUGUAUGCGACAAGCAUUGAUUCUCCCAGAUCCUCCGAGUGAGAUGGUUAUCAUGGAGAAUCUACAAACGCUCAGAGGAGCAAGGGAUUUGUAUUUGAAUGAGGAGGUGGUUAAAAGAAUUCCCAAUCUCAAGAAAUUACAUCUAAUUUAUUAUACCCAAGAAAUGGAGAGAGCUAACUGCAGUUUGAGCUAUCUUGAGUGUCUGAGUAAAUUGGAAAACUUCCGCUGCGGCAUCUAUGGUGAUUGUGCUGGUAAGUAUUUGCAGUGGAUUAGUUUCCCACACUCCCUCAAGAAGUUGAACUUAUCUCUCUAUUAUGAUACGGAGUUGGAAGAGAUAUUGGAAAAGAUAGGGUGGUUGCCCCUUCUUCACAAGUUAGUAUUACAUCGUGGUACCUUCAAAACAGGCAAGUGGGACACUAUUGAGGGCCAAUUCCAGAGCCUCAAGCUACUACAAUUGAACUUCUGUCAAGGUCUAAAAAGUUGGAUGAUGGCAGAGAGCUUUCCAGUUCUCCAUGAGCUUCGUCUUGUAUAUUUGAAUGAAUUGGAGGAGAUCCCUUCCGAAGUUGGAGACAUACCAACGCUGAAAUCAAUUACUUUGAAAGAUUGCAGUGAAUCAGCGGUAGAGUCAGCUGCAAAGAUAGUAGAAGAACAAGAGGAUUUAUAUGGAGACCAACUUGACCUUCAUGUUCGAGCUGAAGUUCCAAAAGCACACGAAAGACUGCAGAGCUUAGCAAGUCCCAACUUUGAAGUUACAGUGAGAGGUUUUUAG